UGACUCUUCGCUCAACCGUGUCAUGAUUCAGCUCGUAUAGAUUCAAGGUUCACAACUGAGUUGCAAGCUUGUACGAAUAAAUGGGCUCUAUCGGCCACCUCGACAACGGCCGCCUCGACGACAGAGGAUGUCUUCACAACGACACCUCGGGCGCGACUAUGGACUACGAAGUGCUCAUCGUUGGCGGCGGCUUCGGCGGGUGCUACGCGCUCCACAAGCUGCGUAAACAGGGCUUCGCGGCGCACGUCGUCGAGGCCGGAUCCGCCCUCGGGGGCGUGUGGCACUGGAACAGCUACCCUGGCGCGCGCGUCGACUCGGAGACGCCCUACUACCAACUCUCCGUCAGGGAGGUCUGGAAGGACUGGACGUGGACGGAGCGGUUCCCCGGGCACGAGGAGAUCAAGAGGUACUUCCGGCACAUUGACAACGUUCUCGACAUUUCCAAGGAUGUGAGCUACAACACAGUCGUUGUGGGCGCCGACUUCGACACCAAGACGGCGCGGUGGAUCAUCGAGACGGACACAGGCCGGCGCAUCACGUCCCAGUUCCUCAUCACGGCAACGGGAAGCUCGAUCAAGCGGCACGAGCCCGAAUUCCCUGGAAAGGUGUCGUUCAAGGGUACCGUGGUACACUCGGCGUCCUGGCCUGAGUCCGGCCUCGACGUGCAGGGCAAGCGGGUUGCCAUCAUCGGGGCCGGGGCGACGGGCGUUCAGUGUGUGCAGGAGAUCUCGAAGCAGCCCGGCGUAACGCUGACGGUGUACGUCCGCAACAUUAAUAUCGCGCUUCCGAUGCGGCAGCGCGCUUUGUCAGAGCUCGAGCAGCGCAGCCUCAAGGCCAUCUACGGACAGCUAUUCGGAGCGGCGAAAGACAGCCGGUUGGGGGUCCCGUCCGACGUCAACCCCAGGUCGACGGCCGAGACGACGGCCGAGGAGAGAGAAGCGUGGUGGGAGGAACUCUGGCAGCGGGGCGCGUUCAACUUCCAGGUGUGCCAGUACACGGAUUUCUUGGUGAACGCAGAGGCAAACCGCCUGGCCUACGACUUCUGGGCCAAGAAGACGGGCCCCAGGAUCCGAAACCCGGAGAAGAGGGCCAUUCUGGUCCCCGACGAGCAGCCGUAUCCCCUUGCAACCAAACGUAGCAGCCUGGAGCAGGACUACUACGAGUGUCUCGACCGGGACAACGUCGAGGUCGUCGGCCUCAAGAAGACGGGCAUUCGCGAGUGGACGCCGCGCGGCAUCGUGACGGAGGACGGGAGGGAGAGGAAGCACGAUAUAAUUUUGCUCGCAACGGGGUACGAUAAUGUGACCGGCGCGCUGACAACUAUGGGGAUGCGUGGCAGAGACGGCGUCGAUCUGAAGGAGAGGUGGAAGGACGGCGUCUGGACGUACCUCGGCCUCAUGACCAGGGGUUGCCCCAACAUGUUUAUGUUGUACGGGCCUCAAGCCCCCACAGCUCUGACCAACGCGCCGCCGUUCAUCGAACAACAGGUCGACAUCAUCGCCGACAUCCUCGCUAGGCUCCGUGAGGAGAACGUUCAGUCCAUCGAGCCGCGGCGGUCGGCCGAGGAGCACUGGAAGAAGGUCAUCUUGGACAUCAACGAGUCGACGCUCUUCAGCAAGAACGAGUCGUCGUGGUACGUCGGGGCCAACAUCCCGGGUAAGAAAAAGGAGCAGCUCAACUACCUCGGCGGCAUCCCCCGGUACAUCCAGGCCUGUCGGGAGGGAACGAGCAGCUGGGAGAACUUUGAGGUCGUCAGGCUGGAGGGAGGCAAGAAGAAGGCCCGGGUCGGCGCCGAGGACGUCUCUCUGAUGAACGAGGUCAUUGUAUGAGGAAUAGGUAGUGCCCCCACGGUUUUUGAUGAAACGAAGAGGGCGCCCAAUCUACAGCCCAAUCUACAGCCCAAUCUACACAUAUAUAUCUUCGGAUAGAGUAAGAAUCUGGGCACAACCGAAAUUUACUCCUUGAGUUUUGAAACAUGAAGUACCUUCCGUGAACAACAGAAGAAUUUCUUUUGAAUCCAAAAAAAGAAAGUCUAGUACAAGGCAUCGCAGCUCUUGCAUUUACCAGUCAAGUGAAGACAACACCCUGGUGACGACUUUGGUAAAGUCGUAGUAGAGUCUAUAGCCCAAGCAAGGGCUAUUUAUGAUAAGUCGUUCAUGUAAAUGAGAUGCUGUCACCGAGAACCGUCGAUUUUGCAGAUUCUGAGAUCAUCUGUUCAAAUAUACUUUCACCUUGUCAAGGUUCCAAGGACUCGGAGCUUGUUGGUAUCGUGACAUGGACGUAGACAAGCCAUCUUCGUGGGCUGCCGUGCCUCUCGGAAAGCGACUCAUUUCAUACUUUCCCUGGAUCGAGCGUCUAAAAGGAAUCAAUCACCAAUCCGUUUUGCCCGGUGGAAAUCACAAUUAGCAGAACACGUGCCUACAAUGCCACCGAUAAACCUCAAUCAUCCUUUCAUCAAACAUGCCAACCUCCCACCAAUCCGAAGAGGAUUCCCGCACAGGGCAGCGUUUCCCUCUACCUCCCUGUUCCGGCAGCGUCCUGCGUGCGGUCUGGAACCGCAAUAAGCUCGUCGUCGGUCGAUGUGCAGCCCAGACCUCCAGAGAGCCGGUCCUCUGAGCAUCAGUCUGCCCCGGUGGCGAGGGAGGUAGGAGGGACGGAAGCCAGCGGCAUGAUGCUCUGACUAACUCCUCGGGAAGUCUAAUCUACUCGCAACACCGAUGUUAAAAAAUUCUCGAGCCGAGGGACGUGAGGGAGGGAGGGCGCUUUAGGUCUAUGUACACGUGUAAAGGCACAGACCGCACACGGCGCUGGGUGUGCUCUACAUGCCGCCCCCGAGGAAGGUCCAUCCCUCGCCAGUCGAUAAACUCUCGCAAGUCCCUUUCUCACGUAGAGGAUGCGGAGCGGGUGUGGGGUUCGGAUGACGGAGGUUCGGAUUUGUCACUCGGAGCAUUGUCCGUCACGGCGAGGGCUGCGACCGGCCACAUCGGAGGACGGAUGUGGCGCUUGAGACAAAACGCGCCACAAUGAGGGGGUGUGGCUGUGGCUGUGUGGGUCAACAUCUCGUCAUUAUGACUUGUGGCUUGCGCCUGUCUCGCCAAGGACUUCAUCUUUGUAUAGACUGCAUAACCUGCAGCUCGGAUGAAAAAACUUGGUUUUCAACCAGUUAGGUGCAACUGACAUUUGGGGGGUUUGGCUCUAAUACUGGGAUUUGUGUGUGGCGACAGCUACACCGCCACAUCAUGUGCUCUUCUUUCGGCGCUUGUGGCUGAUAACCUUGUAUGAAAAUCGGAGAACGUUUGCUGACAUAAGCUUCCGCUAUCGCCAUUGAAUCAGACAGACUUCAAUCAUUCUCGUUGUUUUGGCAGUGGCUUAUGCGCCCUUGAUGGACGGGAAAUGGCGCUUGUCCCGUUUGCAGUCCAUCAAAAUGCUUGGCCUCUUAGCGAAUUCUGAAGUGAGUUUGGGCCACUGCCAUCAUUUAACCGACCUGA